AUGACUGACAGAAGACGCAUCAAUGGGCCGCCUGGCGGCACGAGGCCGGCUGUCUAUGCCUCUCUGCUACAAUCCGCGACCGGGGCUGCCGACCGAGCUCAGCGCCAGCGCCAGCCGACAGAUCUAAGGAAAAUCUUCCUCAAGACAGGUCUGAUCCCAUCUGCAUCAGGCUCCUCGUACCUUGAAUUCGAACCUUCGGCCUCUCUCGCGGCUGCCCGCGCCAACCCCAAAUCUCUGAUCCCGCCCUCGUCCGCUCUGAAGCUGGCCUGCACCGUGCAUGGCCCCAAGCCCCUCCCGCGGUCGGCCACAUUCUCGCCCAACCUUGUCCUCACCACCCAUGUCAAGUAUGCGCCGUUCGCAGCCCGCAGGCGCAAGGGCCACAUCCGCGACGCCAGCGAGCGCGAUCUGGGCGUUCACCUCGAGACCGCCUUGCGCGGCGCCAUCAUCGCCGAACGCUGGCCCAAGAGUGGCCUGGAUAUCACGCUCACUAUUAUCGAGGCGGAAGACGACCGCUGGUGGGGCGAUGCGCCUGAUUCGCAUGACGCCUCAUGGGGCAUGAUGAACGUCUUGGCUGGCUGUAUCACUGCUGCAUCUGCUGCUCUCGCGGAUGCCCACAUUGACUGCCUGGACUUGGUCUCUGGCGGUGUUGCGGCUCUGGUCUCGGAGGACAUGACUGGUUCUUCGGGGCCGCCGCGCCUUGUGCUCGACACGGAUCCUGCCGAGCAUCGAUCGAUUGUCUCGGCGUGUGUUGUUGCCUACAUGCCUGCCCGUGAUGAGAUCACAGAGCUCUGGCUGAAGGGUGAUAGCUCCAAGGCCGCACUGGAAGACGACGACAAGCGCCCGGGUCACGAGGCAUUGAUUGACGGGGCCGUGGAUGCUGCUCGUGGAGCCCACACUGUUCUGGGCCAGGCUGUGAGGGAAUCAAUUGCCCGGACUGUUGGUUCAGCCUGA